CCCAGGAAGAAUGGCAGCAACUGGAUCUUGCUCAGAAGACCUUGCACAGGGAUGUGAUGCUGGAGACCUAUAGCCACUUUGUCUCUGUGGGCUGUUCAGGUAUAAAGCCAGAUAUAAUCUUCAAGUUGGAACAUGGAGAGGGUCCAUGGCUCAUACAGAGAGAAUUGUCAAGGUGGAUCAACCUAGACAAAGAAAAAAGCCCUGAAUCUUUCCAGCAGAUCAUUUCUGGAGGGCUUUCAUUUCAAAGAGAGAUAUUGGAAAGAGCCCCAAAUGAUAAUUCAUUGUACUCUGUUUUAAAAGUGUGGCAUAUUGAUGGCCAGAUAGAUGGAUAUCAAGGAAACCAAGAUAAGGUUUUAAGUCAGGUCACAGUCAUCAGCAAUGAAACAUUGACUGAGGAAAAAGGCUCCAAAUAUAAUGUGUUUGGAAACAUAUUUGCUGGGUGCACAGACUUUUGUCUUUCAAAUAAAAGGGUCCAUAAUUUUGAUUCAUGUGAAAAGAGUUUGAGACUUGGUUUAGACUCACUAAAUUGUAACAGGAGCUGUGCAAGAAAGAACUCCAUUGAAAGAUUUGGAUGUGGGAGAUCACAUAGCUAUAGUGCUUCCUGUUCUGUGCCAGAGAAAAUUCAUCUUGUAAUGAAAUCCUAUGGAGAAAGUCAAUGUGGAAAAUUUCUCGGCUAUAAACAAGCUUAUAUUCAGUAUAAGAAAGUUCAAGCUGGGGAAAAACCCAAUGUUCGUAUUGUGUGUGGGAAGGGCUUUAUGAAGAAGUCGCAGCUCAUUAUACAUCAAAGAAUUCAUACUGGAGAGAAACUGUAUGUAUGCAAAGAUUGUGGAAAAGCCUUCAGUGAGAAAUCACACCUUGUUGUGCAUCAGAGGAUUCAUACUGGAGAGAAACCUUAUAAGUGUACUGAGUGUGGGAGGGCCUUCUCUCAGAAGUCACCCUUCAUUGUUCAUCAGAGAGUUCAUACUGGGGAGAAACCCUAUGCAUGUUUUGAGUGUCAAAAAGCCUUCUCCCAGAAGUCACAUCUCAUUAUACAUCAGCGAGUUCAUACCAGAGAGAAACCCUUUGAAUGCAGUGAAUGUGGAAAAGCCUUCUGUGAAGAGUCUCACCUUUUUAUACACCAGAUAACUCACACUGGGGAGAAACCCUAUGAAUGUACUGAAUGUGGGAAGACCUUCCCUCGGAAGACACAGCUCAUCAUACAUCAGAGAACACAUACUGGAGAGAAACCCUAUAAAUGUAAUGAGUGUGGGAAAACCUUCUGCCAGCAGUCCCACCUCAUAGGACAUCAAAGAAUUCAUACAGGAGAGAAACCGUAUAUCUGUACUGACUGUGGGAAGGCCUUUUCCCAGAAGUCCCACCUCACUGGACAUCAAAGACUUCAUACCGGAGAGAAACCUUACAUAUGUGCUGAAUGUGGAAAAGCCUUCUCUCAGAAAUCACCUCUUAUCAUACACCAGAGAAUUCAUACAGGGGAGAAACCCUAUGAGUGUAGUCAAUGUGGCAAAGCCUUCUCCCAGAAAUCACUCCUCAUUAUUCAUCAGAGAAUUCAUACAGGGGAGAAACCCUAUGCAUGUACUGAGUGUGGAAGGGCCUUUUCUCUGAAGUCACAUCGCAUUAUACACCAGAGAGUUCAUACUGGAGAGAAACCGUAUGAAGGUAGUGAAUGUGCGAAGGCCUUCUGUGAAAAUUUUCCAUUUGUUAUACACCAGAAAAGCCACACUAAAGAGCAACACCCUGAAUGUGCUGCAUAUAGGAUGACCUUUUCCCAGAAAUCACAGAUGAUCACAUAUCAGAGAACACACUCUGGGGAGAAACCCUCCAAAUGCAGUAACUGUGGCAAGGCCUUCUGCCAGCAUGCACACCUCACUGGACAUCAGAACCAUACCGGAGAGAAACAUUAUGUAUGUUCUGAUUGUGGGAGGGCCUUUUCCCAGAAGUUAGACCUCAUUGUGCAUGGGAAAACUCACAAUGAGCAGAAAUUCUAUGGAUAUGUUGGACAUGGAAAAAUGUGGCACCUCCUCAACUGUAGAAUAGACUUAUAUAUUCCUUAGUAUGUCUCAUCACUCCUUCACAGAAUGAUUUGGUAAGACCCUCAGAGUGUUUUCAGCAUUGUGAAUAUGGAAUGGAUAUGCUCACCCUUGAAGUGUCUAAGUUCCCUUCAUAGAAUAAAAGUAUGGAACAAUUUUCA